AUGCAACAGGUAUUGACGGCCCUCCAGAUAUUAGGCAGGGGCAACUGCUUCGACGACAUCUGUCAACUGUCUUUGAUGAGCAAGCCGAUGGCGGCGGCUACGUUCCACAAGUUCUGCAAGCACUUUGCGCAGGAGCUGUUCGAGGAGCACAUAUACCUUCCUACCGGAUCGUACCAGGAUGUGUCAUGUGCAUUCAACCACGCGGGUCGAGCCAUAGCGAUCACCAGCGGUUUCACCGGAGAAACUAAUCACAAGACCAUCAUCCGCUACGACGCAGGUGUCCACACCGUCAAGACGGAUGCCCAGUACACGAAGCGCACGUACAAGCUCCGGAGGGCGGAUGGAACAUUUCGGGAGCGCAAGGGGUGCUACCUAAUCGUUGACAACGGGUACCACGAGGUAAAUUCACUUGGCCAUCCUAAUAGAAUGAGAGAGGAUAAUCCCCUGGCGGGAAACACUCGAGCAGGGUUACUGUAGUUCAACCGUAGGCAGACCCAGUUCACUUUGUCGUUUGUCUGCCUUAGAGAGCGUUGUUUCCGGCGCCAACCAAACAUGAAACUCUCCUUCCGCUUACGCCUACUUGAUGCCGGGAAAUGGGGACAACGUGGAUGCCACAACGUAACACAUCACACAUCGAUGGUGUGUGUAGAAGUCGGGCAAGUUAUGAAGUCACGCUGCAGAUUUUUCUGUCGACGCAU